AUGCAACCUUACAACAGCCAUAUGGUUUUCCCUCCACGACCACCAUUUAUGAGCCUCCACAAUCCUUUAACUUACCCCCUUCAGUCACACCCUGCACUCUUUCCUUUCCAUGGGACACCAUACGCACUACCAUCAUCUGUUUCAUUUGCUGACAAACUUGCUGCAGAUUUGCUUUUUGAGGCAAGAUUUGGUUGUCAACGAAAACAGCGGCGAUGCCGAACAGCAUUCACGAAUCAACAGUUGUCCACAUUAGAAAAGACAUUCGCUAAAACACAUUAUCCAGACGUCGUUAUGAGAGAGAGGCUCGCAAUGAUGACAAAUCUCCCAGAAGCCAGAAUUCAAGUGUGGUUUAAGAACAGAAGAGCUAAAUUUAGGAAAAAGCAGAAAACCACAUCUGUUUCGGAGCCAAGUAAUCAAUCAGAGGAUGUCGAAACGGAGUCACGUGAUCAGUCAGGUGAUGCCGGUGAGCCAGAGGCAGGUGCUUCUGUUGAGACUGGUACUAAUUCAGAUCAUGAAACGACUGAUGUCAUAAUAGAUGUAGUGAGUGAUGAAGAUAAUUCGUGUGAGAAAGAGACAGAACUUAAAUCUGGACUGAAAAAUGAAGAACCAAAAGUAAGCAACAGUAAUGGUUCGGAUGAUUUGCCUAUUAUUCAAAAAUCCGAAGUACGAAACAAGGGAGAUGAUGAAAGGGAAAACAAUCAUCGCAGUGAUGAAACAAAGACACAUAAGAUGUCAUCACAUGUUGUGGAACCAACUGGAAAAGAGACAAUGACAUUGAAAUCUCCAACCGCAUUACCGCCAUUUCAAAUAUUUAAUAAUCAGAGACACUUUGAGAUCCCUCCGCCACACAGCUUUGGAUUACCAUUCUGUGUACCUGACGAUACCUUUCCGUCUUUGUUUCGCAAAUCCACAAGUUUCAGUAACGAUCUUCCAUUGUCUCUCGGUCUCUACAAGACGGAUGGUAUUAGAUCAGACCCUCAUUUUAACAGCAGUAUUGAAAGUCUUCGGUCAAGAGCAAAAAUGUUUUAUGAAUCUAUGGGCAAAAUGUAAAUUGGUGAAGAUUUUUAUGACUGAGUAAAGUAACUUUUAGAAUAUA